AUGUCAAAGAUGGCCGGGACAAAACGUACGAUAGAUGCCGGGGAGAAAGGACCUAGUAAAAAGACCAAAUUCGCAGGAGACAGAGAAAGGACGAGCAAGGUCAAAGAACGUUACCGCCCUGAGGUAUUCAAGUCGAAUAAACCUGAACCAUAUCUUAGUGACACGACAGGCUCAUCGUCCCGUGAAGCCCACGUAAAGCAGAAACAGCUUGCUUCCGAACGAAAAGCAGCCAAACCUAACGCGGACUCGAUCUAUCGGUCGAAGAAGAUAUGGGAACGCCUGCGCCGCAAGUCCCACGUCCCUAAAGAUGAGCGGGACCAACUUGUCAAAGAGUUGUUUGAUAUCAUUACCGGAAGAGUUACAGAGUUUGUUUUCAAACAUGAUUCCGUUCGUGUCAUUCAAUGUGCAUUGAAAUAUGCGACCCCCGCACAGAAGAAACAGAUUGCCAUGGAGUUGAAAGGACAUUAUAGAGAACUGGCUGAAUCAAAAUACGCUAAGUUUCUGAUUGCGAAGAUGGUAACGGAAGAUGAUGAGGUUCGGGACGCUGUCGUGGAAGAGUUCUACGGUCAUGUCAAACGGCUCAUCAGACAUCCUGAGGCGAGCUGGAUCGUGGAUGAUAUCUAUCGCACAAUAGCGAGCAAACAGCAAAGAGCUAUUAUGCUGCGCGAAUGGUAUGGGCCCGAAUUUGUUGUCUUUGCCAAAGCCAACAGCAAGUCGGACAAUGUCCCCACCGAUCUAUCGGAGAUUCUGGCUCAGAACCCAGAGAAGAGGAGUCCGAUCAUGCAGCAUUUGAAGGAAAUGACCAAUCAACUUGUUCAAAAGAAGACGACAGGAUUCACAAUUCUUCACGAUGCGCUGCUGCAAUAUUUCCUCAACUGUAAACCAGACAGUCCAGAGAUUACAGAGUUUCUUGAGAUGCUACGUGAUGACGAGGAGGGUGACUGCUACAAGAACCUAGCCUUCACCAAGUCAGGUUCCCGCCUUGUCUGCCUCUCGCUCGCCUAUGGCAGUUCUAAAGACAGACGCACAAUCCUCAAGUUCUUCAAGACUCACAUGAAAUUACUGGCUUCUGACCCAUAUGGUCACAAUGUGCUCCUGACAGCAUAUGACACCAUUGAUGAUACUGUCAUGACCGCAAAGGCCAUAUUUUCAGAACUCCUGGGCAAGGACCUUGAUGGCGAAGCGAGAGAUCAAGAUUUGCUGUCUCAGACAGAACAUCUUACAGCUCGGAUUCCACUUCUAUAUCUCAUGUCACCGGAGGCACCAAAGUGGCUCGUGACAGAUGACACUACGGCAAUCAUCAAAGAAGUUCGUGGGAUUCGCACCAUGACCUCGAAAAAGGAUCCGGAAACGCGACGCCAUGAACUGUUGAAAUCCAUCUCACAAUCAUUACUCGACUUGAUCGCCUCUCAAUCCAGCUUGCUCGCAAAGUCCAGUUUUGGAUGCCAAUUCGUUACCGAAGUGCUCCUCGGUGCAAUUGGCGAUGCCCAGCCAGCCUUGUCGGCUCUUGCGAAAAUAGGGAGCGACGAGAGUGAGGAAAGUGCUCAAGUCCUGAGCACCCCGGCCGUUGGCAGAAUGCUCAAAGCCCUUGUCCAGGGUGGCCGGUUCGACAAGGAGACCAAAUCCAUUGUCAAGGUGGAGCCACCACUCAAAUUUCACGGACUGUUGUACGAGCAGAUCAAUACCCGGGGAGAAGAGGAGAUUGCGAACUGGGCGAACGGGCCGAAUUCGUUUGUCGUCGUGGCAAUGUUAGAAGCCAACGACUUUGAGGAGAAACAAGAACUGUUAAAGAAGUUGACACAGAAGAAAGAUGCCUUGGAUCCGCAGGUUGCGGGGGCAAGAAUCAUUUUGAAAAGCAUCCUCGGCGGGACUGAGGCACAAACCGAAAGCAAGGAUCAGGGGAAGGUCAAGGCGAAGGCUAAGCAUGCUACAGCACCAGAAGAUGUCGAAAAAGAAGAGAAAAAGUUGAAGAAAAAGACGAAGAGUGGUACUGAGGAACAAGUUGCGAAAGAGGAGAAAUUAAUCAAGGAGACCGCUGGUGAGAAGAAGUCGAAAAAGACCAAGAAGUGA